AUGGGUUUGUUGCACUGCGGCAGGGACUUUUGGUUGGCCAUUAAGGACCUCUUCCUCGCUGGGUCCUUGUCAGGCUCGAUGAUCCGCGCCUCAGUACUGAUACUGGUGUCCCUCUAUCUCCUGCAAGUGUAUCGCCGAAGACAACGAACAACACGCUUACGAGGACCUCAGAGCCCAAGUUGGGUGUUUGGCUUCGCAAAGACAGUGAAUUCUGCUGCUAUCAUCACUGAACUGUACGAAAAAUGGGCCAUAGAGUACGGUCCAGUGUACAAGGUCCCGGAUGUCUUGGGAGAGUCCAGGGUCAUACUAUGGGACCCGAAAGCGAUCUCUCAUCUCUUUGCAAGAGACACAUGGUUGUAUCACCAAACUCCGUUCAACAAGAUCGCCGUCCAGAUGACACUUGGAAGGGGAGUGUUGUGGGCCGAUGGUGAAAGUCACAAAAGGCAGCGCAAGGCUCUCAACCCUGCCUUCAGCGCGGCUGCCAUCCGUAGCUUGACAUAUAUUUUCCAAGAUGCAGCUCACAAGGCAGUGAUCGCCUGGGACGCUGAGAUAGGAUCGAACCAUGACAGUCAUUGCGCUGUAAUUGACGCUCAACAAUGGAUGAAUCAUAUCUCACUCGACAGUGCGGGUAUAGGGAUCCUGUCCUAUGACUUCGGCGCACUUGAUGGAAUCGACUCCGACGUUGCGCACGUCCUGAAUGCAUUUAGUUCAUCUGCCAGCUCUUCCUACAACUUGGUCACCCUGGCACACAGAUUUCCUUCCAUCCUGAAGUUACCACUGCCUCGCAUACAGUUCUCCCAGAAGCUAAACCUGAUCGUUGGCAGAAUAUGUCACGAGAUGGUAUCGCGGAUGCGCAAGGAAAAAGAGACUGGCGGCGCCGAGCAGGGAGACAAAUCAAGCUUGGGUUUGCUCUUGAAAGCGGAGGAAUCUGGUGAGAGCGCAAGACUGACUCAACAAGAAGUGCUAGACGAGGCAAAGGUUCUACUUCUCGCCGGCUUUGAGACCACUGCAGUCACCAUGACAUGGGCUUUGAUAGAACUUGCGAGGAAUCAGGACAUGCAGACGAGGCUUCGCGACGAGUGUCUAGACUUUGGGUCAACCCCCUCAUAUGACGACCUCACAAAUAAGCUUCCAUACCUAGAUGCUGUAGUGAAUGAAGUUCUCCGCCUCCACGCAGCAGCCAAGGAAAUCUCGCGAUCGGCCAUGCGAGAAGACGUAAUCCCGCUCAGUGAACCUUUGACCACGGCUGCGGGUAAUCUUACCGACAACGUAUGCAUCCCGAAGGGGACAGUCGUCGUUGUCCCGGUGGCGGCACUCAAUUGCUCAGUUAGCAUGUGGGGGCCCGACGCAAAGGUGUUUAAACCUUCCAGGUGGCUAGAAGAGGACGAGGGCGUGCAUGGGACCAGAGAUACAUUGCACGGUUACCGUCAUCUGAUGACUUUUGGCGAUGGUGCGCGCAUGUGCCUGGGGAGGUUAUUUGCGUUGACAGAGUUCAAGGCUGUGCUGUUUGUCCUUGUGCGAAACUUCGUGUUUGAAAUGGCAGAUGGCCCUGGGGUGCAGAUUGUGGAGGGUUUAGGAACUCAGCCAAGACCGAGUGUGGUCGGGAGUGCUGAGGCUGGAAGUGUGCCUCUCCGGAUGCGUCGCUAUGAGGUUUGAUUGCUGUCGGCAGCUGUGCAAUGCCACCGUUAAAUUCCUAAUCGUCGAUCUCGCGGAUCGUCUGGAUGACUAUGUGUGUAACGGGUACUCCCGACGUGGUCCGGGUACGAACGUCAUCCAUACACAGGAACAACCAGAUCUCUAAGUUGAAAUUUCACCGUGAGUUCCUCACUACUACUACUGGACUACUGGUGUCAGAGCCCCACAGUCUUCGUUAACCUUGUCGUACUUAUGAUAAAUGUUAGUGCAAUGACACCAUAUAAAUGAUGUCAUUUUAAUAUGUGA